UGUCACCGUGCUUAACAGCUUGAGCGACCUCCAAAUUCAUCUUCACCUUCAGCACCUGACUAACGCCAACUUUCGGUAAUCUAUACUUUAGGGAUUGGCCUUUCCUGUGAUCCAAGGCUUGGCAGUAAAUAUUAGUGACUUUCUCCUCCCCGAACUUCCCAGUCAAUGGCAUACUUUUUCGCAUCCCCUGUCGAUGUCGACAUCAAACUGGAAGGAGAAGAGCUGCGUAAGCAAGUGGACAUAAAAACUGACAAGGACCGCACAUCUUCAUGUCCAGUUUACUAUGAUGGUGACUCAGUAGCAGGGCAGGUGACCAUUCGCGUUCGCGAUGGAAAGCGAAUGACUCAUGAGGGCAUCAAGGUCGAGUUCGUUGGCAGCAUCGAGCUGUUUUACGAUCGGGGGCACCAUCAUGAAUUCUUAUCGUUAUCUCAAGAACUAGCUUCGCCUGGGGACCUACGUCAAGCUCAGACCUUCGACUUCCUCUUCAAGAAUGUCGAGAAGCAAUUCGAGAGUUACCAGGGCAUCAAUGUCAAGCUACGAUACUUGAUACGAGUAUCUGUUGCCAGACGAAUGGCGGACGUUGCGAAGGAGAGAGACAUCUGGGUACAUUCAUACCGCAUGCCUCCAGACAGUAACAACUCCAUCAAGAUGGAGGUCGGCAUUGAGGAUUGUUUGCACAUUGAAUUUGAAUACAACAAGUCCAAGUAUCACCUGAAGGACGUGAUUGUUGGCAAGAUAUAUUUUCUACUUGUUCGUAUUAAAAUCAAGCACAUGGAGCUUUCUAUAAUACGACGCGAAACAACUGGCUCCCCACCGAAUCAGUACAACGAAAGCGAAACGAUCACAAAGUUUGAAAUCAUGGAUGGCGCUCCUGUUAGAGGAGAAACCAUCCCUAUUCGACUGUUCCUCGGUGGCUUCGAUCUCACACCCACGUUCCGUGAAGUGAACAAGAAGUUCAGCACGCGUUACUACCUGAAUCUCGUGCUCAUUGAUGAAGAGAAUCGCCGGUACUUCAAGCAACAGGAAAUAACGAUAUUUAGGAUACCAGAGAACUAGGUAGUAGUGUGCUGCAUGAUUCUUGUACUCAUAGUAUCAUCUAAUGGUGCUGGCUUCUGCUUUACCCAUAACAAUCCUUUCGAUUAU